UACACCAAAGGUUUGUCUUGCCGCUUUAUGCUGUUAAGAGGCAAAUUCAGAGCGAAAUUGUCUCAGUUCUACAAAUUUAAUGGAUUAGGAAGCUUUGGUCUUAUCGCCAAAGCAAGUUUCUCUGUUGUUGUCAUCAUGGCAGCAGUUAUGGACACUGGCUUUGCAUCAUCACCAUCAAUGGCUUGUGAAGCAGACUGGAUGGGUUUGAAAGUCAAUCUGUUCGCUUUUGAUUUUGAUGGCACUUGUACUCAGAAGGACACGACUAGUCUCCUUUACAAGGCAUCAGAGAGGUAUCGAUCGUCUACUCAAGCCGAAAUGAAGAUUAUUGACGAACGCUGGAUAGAAAUUGGAACCAUUUACUGGAAAGGCCUCCAAGAAACUGUUUCAAGGUCAAUGGCUCUUCACACAGAUCCCAAUUCUUUGCCAUAUUUUAAUGAGAGAGGUUUGAGGUCAUUUCUUCAAGAGGUGAACAAAUACAACAUGGCAAUGAUUAAGAAGGUAGAAGCAAGUGAAAUCCUCAAAGGUAUAUCUAAGGAAGGCAUCAAAGAAAUUGCAAAGGAAGUGAAGCUCAGUCCUGGAUGCCUGAACGUUCUCAAUCACAUCAACUUGCCGCUGCACUUAAUAUCAGUCAACUGGUGUCAGGAGUUAAUCCAGGCCAAUUUAGAUCAUCUCAGGCAUGUGAACAUUUUUGCAAACAGUUUCCCACUUGAAGGUGAAUUAUCAUCGGGCCAUGUGGGAAAGAAAGUGACAAGUCCUUUUGACAAGGAAACAAUAUUUCAGGAUUUGGUCCACAAGCUGUCUACUGACAGUUCAAAUGGCAUCUCAGUUUUUGUGGGCGAUUCCAUUGGAGAUAUACUGGCCAUGUUAAAAGCAGACGUUGGAAUCGUGGUUGGGAAGAGUCAUACCUUGAGGAAGGUGGCCAAAGCAUUUGGAAUCAAGCUCCUUCCUUUGCAGGAAAUUCAGAAGAUGACAGGGAAUGGAUGCCAGGAAUUUGCUACCCCAAAAGAGAGAGGAAUUCUGUUUGAGGCACCAUCAUGGAAUGAAAUUGGAUUCACUUUGUUUGGGACAAGAUACAUUCCAAAUAAGUUCUAGAAUGUCAAAUUAGAACCAUUCUUUUCCUUCAAAAGGAAAUGAAAGAGAUCAUAGGAGAUCCAUGCCAAAGUUGAUUUACAACAGAAAUGAGCUUUAAAAGAUCUAUGUGACACUAUGUAGUGCACCAUAGGACAACAUGUUGACUUUAUUGUGAUUCAAUGGUAUUAGGUAGGGAUAAUUAGGAACAGUGUGGGACUGAUGUGCAAAGAAAGACAAACAAACAUGAUUUUGACAAAGCCAACCUUACUUGUAGUUUCUUUUAGAGCAUACAUUCUCUAUAAAGCCCCAACCUUUAUAAAAUGAAACUCAUAAAUAAGAUAUACAUGUGAUCUUUCUUGCAUUAUCAAUACUCUAUUCAGAAAUAGAUGAUGCCAGUAGCCAUUGACUGUCAUCUCAGUUUAGAAAAAAAUUCUUCUAACUUAUUAAAAAGGAAAUGUAUGGCUGUUAGAGGGGAGAAUCUUGAAUUAGAUCAUAACAGUUAAAGGCUUAAAAUAGAACUACAACAGUGUCCUAAUUUGAAACAGUAUCUGAAGGUAAUGACUGGGCAAUUCAAAAGCUUUUUGUUUCUAAGAAGAGAUUUCCAAAUAGGCAUUGCUCUACAAGAUGACAUAAAAAACCCUAAUGGGUUUAGAAGACAUAAAAGUUUAAUCAACAAUGGGGUGGGGUAUUUCCUUAUUUAAGGAGUAAGCUAUUCAUUAGAGAUUACUGCAGAUAUUUCAUGCGAGUUAACUGCAAUUAAAUUUGA